CAGGAUGCAUACGAGAAGAGGGACUACAUUGAGAAACUCGUUAAACUACAAGGGCCAAAAAUGCAUAUACAUUCUUCACACGUGACAGAUUCCGGUGCACGUGCAAUUGCCUCCGCGGCGACCGGCCGGGAGAAACUGCCUCCGUUCACGCGGGAAGCUCACUCUGCCACCCGAUCUCCUUCCCUGCAUCUCUAUCUGUAGAUCUUCAAGAACCGCCAUGGCCGACAAGGCGAUUCCUCUCUGAAGCUCCGCAGACCGUACCUAUAGUUAGAGUAUCGAUGACCCCGAAGAGGCGGACCUUGCCUCUCCUCCUCCUUCUCCUCCUCUCCGUCGUCGCCGUCUUCUUCUACGCCCACCUCAACACGACCUCCAUCCCCGUCCCCGCUCGCCGGAACCCUACCUCGGACGUCGCCCUCGGCUCCUCCCCCAGAGGCUUGAGCUUCAGUCUCAUCAUCAAAGUCCUCGCCUUCAACCGCCUCGACUCCCUCUCCCGCUGCCUCCGCUCCCUCGCCGCCGCUGACUACCUCUCCGACACCGUCCACCUCCACGUCUACGUCGACCACUUCUCCCUCGACGACAAAUCUUCCACCACAGAUCAGGAUUUGGAUAACUCCCGCCGGAUCUUGGACUUCGUCGACGGCUUCAAGUGGGGCUUCGGGGAUAAGCUGGUGCACUCCAGGACCCGCAACGCAGGGCUGCAGGCUCAGUGGCUGGAGGCGUGGUGGCCGAGCUCCGACGACGAGUUCGCCUUUGUAGUCGAGGAUGAUCUCGAGGUUUCGCCCGUUUACUACAAGUUUGUGAGGGCUGUGAUUUUGAACUAUUACUACAAUGCCUCCAACUUCAGCCCUUCAAUCUACGGGGUGACGCUGCAACGAGCAAGGUUCGUCCCAGGCAAACAUGGUAACAAGAUAAAACUGGAUGAUGGGACACGGGUUUUCUUAUAUCAGUUGGUUGGGACCUGGGGUCAGAUCCUCUUCCCAAGGCCAUGGAAAGAGUUCAGGAGGUGGUAUGAUGAACAUAAGGCCAAGGGCAUCAAACCGCUUAUUGAUGGGAUGGUCACAACCGGGUGGUAUAAAAGGCUGGGAGAGAAAAUAUGGACUCCUUGGUUUAUAAAAUUCAUUCACUCUCGUGGCUAUUUUAACAUCUAUACCAACUUUAUACAUGAGAGAGCACUCAGCGUUUCACACAGGGAUGCUGGUGUUAACUACGCGAAAACAGCUGGGCCUGAUUCCCAGCUGUUGGAUGACAAGUCUAUUGAUUUCAACAACUUGGGUCUUCAGCCUUUGGGCAACCUGAAGUGGUAUGAUUUUUGCUUCCAAGAGGUAUUUACCGGAAGAGUUAUAAGGAGCUCCCAUGACCUUGCAUCCCUCCUUCCUUCUGUACAAAGAAACCAGACCAUCAUACUCACGAACCUUUUCCAAAUUUCAGAAUCUGUCACGAGGAACUUGCUCUGUCACUUUGCAAAGCUAAAUAUAAGGAAUUAUAUUCUCAUGGGCCCUCAGUCGGACUUCUUGGUUGAUCUGGCAAGAAGGGGACAUCCCAUGAUUGAUGUAGACAAGUUCCUCGGCAAUGUUGGUGUUCGAAAUCUGAUUGUAUCUAGGGACUCUGGGGAAGAACUUAUCAAGGAUAUUCUGGUGAAGGCAUAUGUCUUGAAGAAAUGCAUGGAGCUUAAGUACAACAUUUUGAUGGUCGAUGGGAAUAUGGUCUUUGACAAUGUCAAUCUGCUUUUUCAAUCGGCUGAUCUUUCCUCCGACUUGACUUAUGGGAAGAACUUGGGAUAUUUAUUUCUCCGGUUUUCAUCUUCUGCCCAGAAGCAUUGGGCUGAUGUUUUCAUCCAAGAAGCUCAAGCAGCGGUAAGCUCCCUGAGAAAGAAGAUUCCUUUACAUGGUGAGAACGGAAGAGUGCUGGAUAUGGUGGUGGAGGCACUAGAAAGGAAACGAGCAAGGAUCAGGAGGGUCGAAGAUGGAAGUUUUGCAGUUAACAUUGCUAACAGUAAUAUGGAGUUGUCCUCCAUCACAGUUCGGAAUAAGGUCCUCUACUGGCCCAAUGAUGCAAGCUCGGAGUUAAUUGAGAGACAGCUUGCUGGAGCCGGAAUGUGGUCUUUAGACAGUGAUUCUUCCUGCAGUGCAGUUGUAUGUCAUCAAUCAUAGCAUCUGUUGGGAUACAAUUUUCGUGGAGGAAAUUUUGUUUUUUUUGUUGUAAUUCAUAUUUCUCCACGAAAGUUCGCAGUUCAAAAAAAUGGGAAAUAUGUUCACUUAUAUUAUGAGCCUGUGUUAAAAUGGCCCCGAAUUCCCAGCUCGAAAAUAUUGAGUUUUGAUGUACCAGGCUUUCUCUGCUUGGAUCUUUACAUCGUUGCAACAGACUGUUGAGUCGGAUUACCGGCGUUUUGAGUCUUAAA